GAAACAAGCCUGCACCUCCCUACAUGGCCGUAAGACUCCCGUACUUUGCGUGCAGAGGGCGCGGACGCAGAGCAGCAGAUCUGAUCAGCAGACUUUCCGGACCUACUGCGGAAGUGUCUUUGAGCCAGACGCUGAACCUGUGCCAGGAAGAGAGAAACCCAAGAGUCAUUCCAGCAUGGAGGGGAGGCGGGGUCUUCUCCUCAGCCUCAUCUUGGCUUCAAUGUGUUUCUACGGCAACAACCUUCCCCCUUCAGUCUGCACUCAAGAGGCUGUAGCCGACAUCGUCUUUAUGGUGGACGGGUCAUGGAGCAUCGGCACCGAGAACUUUGAGCAGAUCCGUCAGUUCCUGUACACGCUGGUCAGCAGCUUUGACAUCGGGCCUGAGCAUGUCCGCAUCGGGCUGGUCCAGUACAGCAACAGUCCACGCACCGAGUUCCUGCUCAACACCCAUCAGAACAAGAAGGACAUUCUCCAGUACAUCAGCACAUUGCCUUACAUGGGGGGCGGCACCCAUACGGGUGAUGGCUUGGACUUCAUGCUGAAGGAGCACUUUGUGAAAACAGCUGGAAGCCGGGCAAACCAGAAUGUGCCCCAGAUCGCUGUGGUGAUCACCGAUGGCAAAUCGCAAGACGACGUGAAGAACCAAGCACAGGAACUGAAGAGAAAGGGAAUAGUUUUGUAUGCAAUUGGUAUCAAAGAAGCGGACGAAGAACAGCUGAAAGAGAUAGCAAACGAGCCGCACAGUCAGUACGUCUACAGCGUGUCUGACUUUGCAGCGCUGCAGGGAAUUUCUCAGAACAUCAUCCAGACGCUUUGCACAACUGUGGAAGAAGUCAAACGACAACUCCUGCAAUUGUCUCAAGAAUGUGCCAAAGCCACCGUGGCCGACAUCGUCUUCCUGGUCGAUGGCUCUUCCAGCAUCGGCAUCAGUAACUUUCAGGAGGUCCGGCAGUUCCUCCGAAGCUUGGUCACGGGCCUCGACAUCGGCCCGGACAAAGUUCGGAUCGGCUUGGCUCAGUACAGCGAUGAAACUUUCGAGGAGUUCCUGCUGAAGAAACACACGGACAAGAAUGCCCUGCUGGCUGAGUUGGACACAUUCCCCUACCGAACAGGAGGCACAGAAACAGGCAAGGCCAUUGACUUCCUCCGGACGACGUACUUCACUGAAGAGGCGGGCAGCCGAGCCAGCCAAAGGGUGCCUCAGAUCGCUGUGGUCAUUACAGAUGGGGACUCCACGGAUGAUGUUGUAGCGCCAGCGCAGCGCCUGAGACAGCAGGGAGUCAUAGUGUUCGGCAUUGGGGUUGGACAAGCUAACCUGCAAGAGCUCGGGUCCAUCGCAAACCGACCUCCAGAACGCUUCCUGUUGUCCAUCCAUAGCUAUCAGGCUCUGCAGACGCUGACAGUAGGUCUGCUGCAAACUGUUUGUGUCUCCGUUGAGGACCAGAGGCAAGCUUUGGCAGAAAAGUUUGCAGAUAUUUUCUUCCUGGUGGACAGUGGCGUGGCUCCAGGAGAGUUCCAGCAGAUCAGAGCCAUCCUCACCCGACUCACCAAUCAGCUCAACAUCGGAGCAUCCGCCUACCGCCUGGGUUUGGCGCAGUACGGUGAAAAUAUCAAGGUUGAAUUUCUUCUUAAUGCUCACCAAACCAAAGAGGAGAGCCAGAACGGCGUUAAGCGUUUCCGACAGCGCAGACUGCAGUCCGGUGAGCCUCGUAACCUGGGCAAGGCCUUGCAGUACGCCAGUGCUAACUUCUUCACCAGCGAGGCGGGAAGCCGGGCGGACCUGGGCUACCAGCAGUACCUGGUGGUUCUGAGCGGGAAAGAUUCUAGUGAUCCUGUGUACAGGGAGUCCCGUCUGAUCAAAUCAUCAGGAGUAACUGUGGUGGGAAUGAGCCUUGGUGUUUCCAUGACAGAACUGCGUACCAUUGCGACCGCGCCGUACUUAUUCCCAUCUAUCAGCAAUGCUGCACCUACACUGAAGGCUAUUUUCGAAAGAGAGGAGCUCGAAACCAUUCUCACUGGAGAUUGCAAAGCAGCCAAACUGGCAGACAUCGUGUUCAUCGUUGACGAGUCGGGAAGCAUUGGAACCCCCAACUUCCAGCUGGUGCGCACUUUCCUGCACUCGAUUGUGAGCGGCCUUGAAGUCAGUCCAAGCAAAGUCCGAGUGGGCAUUGUGAUGUAUAACGACAGGCCCACGGCACAGGUCUACCUUGACACCUUCAAUGACAAGGACGAACUACUGAAGUUCAUCAAAAUCCUGCCUUAUCAUGGGGGCGGUACGAACACCGGCGCGGCGCUCAAAUUCACCCUAGAGAGUGUUUUCAUCAAGGCCAGAGGAAGCAGGAAAGAUAAGGGUGUCCAGCAGGUGGCGGUGGUGAUCACAGAUGGUAAAUCCCAGGAUGAAGUUAGCACGGCAGCAGCUGAUCUCCGUCGAGCUGAAGUCAGUGUUUACGCGGUGGGAGUCAAGGACGCCAACGAGGCCGAGCUGAAACAGAUGGCAUCUUACCCCAACCAUAAGCACACGUUCAUCGUGGACAGUUUUGCUAAGCUAAAAUCGUUGGAGCAGAGCUUGCAGAAAAGUCUGUGCCAAAAUAUCAUUCGGCAAGCAUUCUCAGUCAAUACGAGAAGAACUGGCAUCAAAGAAGGCUGUGUGCAAACGGAUGAAGCUGACAUCUUCUUCCUGGUCGAUCACUCUGGAAGCAUUUACCCCAAGGACUUCAAUGACAUGAAGAAGUUCAUCAUUGAGUUUCUAAAUACCUUCCGUAUCGGGCCACAACAUGUCCGCAUGGGGGUCGCAAAAUACGCAGACUCACCAAACUUAGAGUUCGAUCUGACCACCUAUUCGGAUGCUAAGACAUUAAAGAAAGCCGUGCAGGGUAUUAAACAGAUAGGAGGCGGGACAGAGACAGGAAGAGCUCUGAAAUUCAUGGGUCCACAGUUUGCUAAAGCGAUGGCAACUCGUGGUCACAAAGUCCCAGAGUACCUGGUGGUCAUCACUGACGGAAAAUCCUCGGAUGAGGUCAAGAUUCCUGCAGAAAAGCUGAGGGCGCAGGGUGUCACCGUUUAUGCCAUCGGGGUGAAAAAUGCAGAUGAAAAUGAUUUGCAAGAGAUUGCAGGCGACCCUAAGAGGACUUUCUUUGUCAAUGAUUUUGAUGCUCUGAAGCCCAUCAAGGAUGAUAUCAUCACGGACAUCUGUUCCAAAGACGGUAAGCAGUUAAAAAUCUGUCUGUCUACCGGUGAGCGAGGCGGUCCUGGACCGAGUGGACCUCAGGGAGUCCAAGGUUGUCCUGGGAUCAGAGGACUGAAGGGCAACCGCGGCCUCCGGGGAAACAGGGGCGAGGACGGCGAGGACGGGCUGGACGGAGUCAACGGAGAACAGGGAGUGACGGGAAAAGACGGAGCUCGAGGAGAGCGAGGACACCCAGGAAACCCAGGUAUCCCAGUUUGCGAGAAACAGAAGGCUGACCUGGUCCUUCCUGAUCGAUCAUCCGGCAGCAUCAAUGCUGCGGACUACGCCACCAUGAAAAAGUUUCACGACAGAACUUUUGACCAGCUUCAAAGUCAGCAAGAUUUAGCAGUAGGACUCGCCCAGUUCAGCAGCACAUUUGAAAAACAGUUUCUACCUGAACCAGUUUAUACACUGAGCAAGCGGUCCACUCAGCCAUCCUGGGUAUUGCGGCAGACCGGCGGAGGCACCAACAUUGGACACGCCUGGAUAGAUCAAGGAUUAUUUUGAAGAG